AAUAUAUUUUUUGAUCGAUACUUAUAGAGCUUUUUUUAAAAAAAAAAUUGAUGUUAAAAUCAUACAUUUUGGUUCACUGGUUUAUUUAUUACGGGCAUCCUAAACUUUAAUAAAUUGAUUUAAAUGGAUUGUAUUUCUAGAGGUAUGAAUAAUUUUUUUUUAAACUUUCUUUUAAUAAAAUUCUACACUUUUUUAUAAACUUAAUCAAAAAUCUUAUCAUACACGUGUAAAAACAAAAUAGAAGUAGAAGUAUUUUUCUGGGAUGAUUGCCUACAAAACUGUUGAACAUAUUUUAACAUACAAUUAUAAAAUAAGUGAGUACAUACAUACUUGCUAUUAUUGUAUGAUCCUCAUAACUCGAUUAAUUUAGAUUUUUUCUAGAUAGUUAUUUUGUUUAUUUAAAAUAAUCUAAGUUUGGAUACUUAAUUAGGCAGAUAAGUAUUAUAAUAAUAUUCGGUUAUUAUUAUAAUAACAUUGGAAGUCUUUAAUUAACACAUGAUACAGAUACCUAAAAUUGAUAAAUUAACUAUUUAUGUAAAUAAUUAUGCAAGUUGUUUAUUUAAAAUCAUGAUUAUUUAAAGAUUCUAGUUAUAUCUAACUUUAUUUUUAUUAUUUGCAAAUGUACAAAUAUAUUUAUUACAAAUCAGUUUAAGUUUUUACUCGAUCAAGACGUUUUUAUAGAGAAGUUUAGUUCAAUAAACACUUUAUUGUGCGAGUUAUAAUGCAUUCGAUUGAGGAGCGUGUGGAAAUAAUUUUUUUGUAUGGUUCUACCAAAUGUCUUGCCGAAACUGCUAGACAAUUUAAUGUUUUACAUCCAGAAAAUAAUGUUCAAAAAUCAUAUGUCAAACAUCUUGUUGACAAGUUUCGAGAAACUGGAAGUGUUAAUGAUAAAAAAAAACCAGGACGAAUCGCAGAAGUAGUUCAAAACGAAAAUACGAAAAUAACGGUUUUAGGUAUGGUUGCUAAUGACCCUACGCAGUCAUUAAAAACCUUAUCGGAAAAUUUGGGAAUUUCAAGGCAAAGUGUUUGGCGUAUAUUAAAAAACCAUAAGUAUAAACCAUUCAAAAUGAGUAUUGUUCAGGAAUUAGGAGAAGGUGACGAAGACAGACGCUUAGAAUUUUGUGAGACUAUUUUGGAAAAAAUAAAUGCUAAUGCAGAUUUAAUAAAGCACAUCGUAUUUAGCGACGAAUCGUCAUUUUCCCUUUCUGGGGAAGUUAAUACACAAAACUGCCGUUAUUGGUCCGAUAGUAAUCCACAUGUCUUGAGACAUGGACAUACACAAUGGCCCCAAAAAAUAAAUGUCUGGGCUGGUAUUUUUGGUGACCAUGUUAUCGGGCCAAUAUUUUUUGAAGGUAAUUUAACUGGGGAAAAGUACCUUGCUAUGCUUCAGAAUGUCAUUCAGCCAUUAGUUGUUCGGGCAAUAGAGGACAAUGAUAAUCAUACAGAGUUAGAUGAAGAAAAUGUAUUUUUUCAACAAGAUGGUGCACCAGCUCAUUAUACAAUUCCAGUCAGAGAGUACUUGGAUCGCGAAUAUCCAGGAAGUGGAUUGGACGUCGUGGACCUAUUGAAUGGCCCCCAAGAUCACCAGAUUUAACACCAAUUGAUUUUUUUCUUUGGGGACAUUUAAAAACAGUAGUCUAUAAAACUCCAAACGACAACAUUGAAAUGUUAAAAACAAGAAUUUUUGAUGAAUGCCAUAAAUUAACACCUGCCAAUUUUAAAAAUAUUCGUCAGGAAUUCCAAGACCGAUUAUACUACUGUCAAGAAG